AGCAGCCGUUGAGAGGCAAUGUCCAUCUGCCAGCACCACGAGCUGAACCUAUUUAGCCUCUGCUAUGGACCUUCUCCUCUGAUCCACUGCUGUUAGAACACCAUGGCUGUUUCACGGGUUUACUGGUUCCUGUGGAUUACAGUGUGUGUUCCUCACAUAGCUGUGGGACUGUUGUCUGACUACAAGAUCUGUGGAGACUCUGAGUGUGAAAGUCUGAUGAGCAGGGUGCAGGCCAUCAGGGAUCAUCGCGGUGACGAUUGCCGCUUCUUGAGCUUCAGACGGGGAGACAACAUCUUUGUUUACCACAAACUGACAGGAAGGAGGGACGACCUGUGGGCAGGCACUAUUGACAAACAGUUUGGUUAUUUCCCAAAAGAUGCAGUGAAAGAGGAGCAGGUUUACGCAUCUACAGAGAAAGUUGUGGAAACACAGCCGUCUGAUUUCUUCUGUAUGGAUGAGCUCGGCCAUCCUGUUGACUUCAGUGAUCCGGACAGUGGUCAAAAAAGUCAGGGGCAGAAAUUACAAAUCCAGGAGACACAAUUCAACCGAAGCAUCCGAGACACUGAAGACACAGACGCUGAAAGUCCUCCAUCGAUCCAAGUUUCAGCACAGCAGAGGGAAGGCACAGCAUCAGGAGGAGAGGAAACCAAAAACACUGCUGCUGCUGCUGCUGCUGAUGCUGCUGCUGCUGGGUCUCAUAUGGAAGAGCACAGCAAUCCUGUGGCUCUAAAUGAACAAGGUGGGUCUCCCUCCUCCUCCUGGCUCACUUCUCCAGUGGCAGGAUGGUUAGGUUUGGAAAGACAGGAAGAAUCUGUCAGUUUGGCUGAAGAUGAGACAAAUAAUAAUAAUGAUGAUAAUAAUGACGAUGAGAGACAAGAGACAAAGGCCCAAACUUUAACUUCAUCCAUGUCAGGGUGGCUGGGGUUUGGCAAGGAAGAGAAAGCUAAUGACGCUGUGGAAAGUGGAGCAGAUGCUGCUGAUUCUUUCACUUCCAGCGUGACUGGGUGGCUCGGCUUAGGAGGCGAGACGGAAACUGAUUCUGCAAAAACUGAGCAAGACGCCAAAAGUGAAAUGAAGGAUGAACAUGUCGUAAUAUUCAACAGCAGGAGGAUGUCUCUGGACCUGGAGGGCAGCCAGUUACACGAAGACGAGAAGAAAGAUGUGCCAACUUUGGAUUGGCUGGGGAACAGACUAUCACACACCCUGGGAUUUGGUGUGACCAAUGAGGAGACGCAACCUGAGACAACAGCUGAAACACAGACUGAGCAGAGGGAACAGUCAGCUUCUAGUUCUUGGUUGGGGAUGGGAAACAUUUUAGGAUACGGGAAAGACGAGAGCAGUACAGAGAGUGACUUUAAGGCCUUAGAACAAGAGGCGACUGAGAUUAAGAAUGUAGACACCAGUCAAACACAGAGAGAAGAGGAAACAGUGGAGAUUCCUCAGGUUCCACGACCUGAGACAAAAGCAGAGUUUGCAUCUAUAGUUGAUCAAAAAGACAUUUCUCCUCAGGACAGGUUAGAGGAAAAGUCACAGGCUGGAGAUGAAACGUACUCCUCAACAGGCAACGAAAGAAUUGCAGAAACAGACUAUGAUGAACAUCAGGCACCCAAAUCUAUAGAAAAUGACAGUGGCAGUGAGUCAGAGGAGGAUGUGACAGCAAGCAACGCUGACCUGGAUAUUUUGACACAGUCUGACGUCAAUCCAGGGCAAGGGUUACUUUCUUUGAGUUUACAGUCAGACACCACAACAGUCGAGGUUAAGGAAGAGGUAAAAGAGCGGCUGCAACGCAAGACAACAAACAACGAGGACGAGGAAGGUGAUGCAGUCACGUGUGGUGUAACGGAUGAUGGGAGCACUAAAGAGGCUCAACAGAACUCAGCAGAAACACACUAUGGUGAGGCAGAGGGUGAGCGAGAAGUUGAGUCUACUGAGAGUGGCUCGGCCUCUCAUGAGUUUGUGCUGCUGCAUUCUGACGCGAUAAGUCAGGAAAGUCAAAGUGAAAAGGCAUCAGAGGAGGAGAAAGGAACGAUCUCUUCUGACAAGAGCGUCACACCGAUGACACACAGCAAAGACCAGGAACAUGCGUCUCCACAAGCAGAACAGAGAGUCACCGAGGACGGAGCUGACAAACUGAGUGACGGCGAGAAAAAUGCAGAAAUAGAGACAAUAGAGGAAAAGCAAGAUGGGGAAACCAAUGAAUUAAAGGACGUGGAAAAGGUGGAGCAGCAGGAAGAGUUACAUGAGGUGGAAGAAAUGAAAGAAGACGAAAUGGUGGUGAUAGGAGAAAUGGAGGGACAGACAGAAGUGAAAGAGUUGAACGAGGAGGAGGAGGACAAAGGAAAGACAGGGACCAUGGAGGAGACACAGGAAGAAGAAAAGCAGAGGGAGUUUGAAGAGACAGGGGAGGGAGAAACUAGUCAGGAAACACUGCAGGUGAACAAGGAACUCACAGAUGAGAAGCAGGGAGUGGUGGAGUUAAAGGAUGAGGAGAAAAGAGAAGAGGUAGAGCAGAGUAAACUAGAGAUAAAAGAACACGGGAAACAUGAGGAGGGUGAAGAUGUGAAGGAGACUCUGCAGGAGGAGGUGGAGAAAGGAGAGAAGAUUGAAGAGGCAAAACAAGAACAGAAGCAGCAGGAGGCCAAGAUUUUAGAGGAGAAAGAGAACCCACAAGACAUGGAAGGGUUUAAGGAGGUGGAGGAGACAAGACAUAAGGAGGCCAUGAACGAAGUGAAGGAAACACGAGUAGAGAGGCAGCAGGAAGAGGUGAUGGAGGCAGAGGAAGAAGAAAAAGGAGAAGUAAACAAGGAAGAGGAGAUAAAGGAGGAGGAAGUACAGAAGGAAAUUGUGACGAAAGAAAAUGACCAAGAGGAGGAGAUCAAAGAGUUAAAGAAAGAAGAAGAAAACAAGCAGGACGUCAGAGAAUUACAGGCGGAGACUAAGCAAGAGGGCGUGGAAAAGGCAAUGGAAAUAGAGGAAAGAGAACAAGUGAAUGAGGUUAAAGAAAAGAUGUUGGAGGAUGGAGUGGAGUUAGAGGUGGAGAAGGAAAAGCAGGAGAGAGUAGAAGAGUCAACAGAAAAUGAAAAGCAUAAGGAAGAAGCUCAGGUAAUUAACCAGGAAAUGAAGGAAACAGAAAAACAGGAAAAUAUCGAAGAGUUAAAAGAGGAUAGUGAGGGAGAGUUUAAGGAUGAAGAGAGAGCGUUAAACAAUGAGACAGAGCAGGGGGAGGUGGAGGAGUUAGACAAGCUGAGGGAAAUAAAGGAGGAGAUCAAAGAAAGGGAGAGGCAGGAGGAAAAGGAGAAAACUGACAUGGACGAAGUAAAAGAAGAGAAGACACAGGAGGCAGUGGACGGUUUACAGACGGAAGAGAAAAGAGUUAAUGGGGUAAAAGAAGAGGAGAAGCAGGAAGAGUUGGAGGAGUUAAAGACGGAAGAGAAAGGAGAUGAGGAGGUAAAGGAACAGCAGGUGGAGGAGGAGUUAAAGAAAGACGAGAGAGAAGAUGAGGAGGUAAAAGAACAGCAGGUGGAGGAGGAGUUAAAGACAGAAGAGAGAGGAGAUGAGGAGGUAAAAGCAUCAGCUUUUCAGCAUCAGGAGAUUUUACAUGAAAACAAACAACAUGGUCAACUGCAUCCAAGUGAGGCACAAGAGAGCGACCUCUCUGAUGACAACGUGCUUUAUACUGAGUCUGAAGACAGUGAAACGAUCAGACAUGAGAAUAAACCAGAGCAACUACACUCCAGUCAUAACACAGACGUUAACCUUGAUUCACAGGUGAACCAGGCUGUGAUAUCUGAACACACUGUUCCACUUGUGUCCAAAGAUCCCACUGGAUCUUCACUGUCUGACGACGGCAACACAAGAGCAGCAGAGACUGAGGGUGGAGGUGCGUUUGGUCUUUUCAAAAACGUCUUUGGCUUCUACUCGCAAACACCAAGCGACUUGGUUGAUUCUGGUCUGGGUUUGGAGGAGACAUCUCAGCCACAACAAGCCUCUCUGAUCUCUGAACGAGAAAUGGACUCCAGCGCUGAUUUGGAUCAGGACUCUCCUGUCAUCAUGUCCACAGAGGAGUUGCAGCAGUCUUCUUCCUCUGCUGACGUCCAGACAUCAACUCUGUCCCAUUCUCGUUCUCCAUCUCAGCACACGGAGCAAACAAAAGCCCUCCCCAACGCCUACAAAUUCCUUCUCGCCUACAUGAGUGUGGAUGAAGCCAGUACUCUGGUGGAGCUCUUUGGGCCGUACAAGCUACCGUUUUUGGAUUUCAUGUUAGGAAGCUCAGAGAUCGUGACUGAGGAUGAAUCUAUAUUAUCAGACAUAGAAAGACAUCUGCAGUAUCACAGGGAGACUCUGUCCACUCCUGCCACGAGGUUAGAAGACAAAGAAAAGACUCGGACGCUUGUUGCUCUUCAGAAACUAGAAAUGCUGAUCACACGAGUGAGAGAGACGUCCAGCACAAGAAACUCCGACACCAGAGGAAAUGAUCAAGCUGAUGUGAGCUGUGUCAGUGACUCCUGCUCGACUCACAGCAAAGAUGGAGAAAUGAGCACUGAGCAACACACAGUUAAGACAGGAGAUCCUUCUGUAGUCCAGAAUAACAACAUCCCAACAGAUGAGAGGACAGUCGAGGAGAAUGACGGGCAAAGACGCAGAAGAGAGAGGGAAAAUGCCAAAAGUGACAAAAGACAAGAGUCUGAUGGAGGAUAUGAGGAGGAGAGUGUGUCCCUUGCAGGCCGUCCUCACGAUCAGUCAGGAUCACUGCAGCCACUGGAAGGUGCACUGAGGGGCAUUUUGGACACUGUUCAUCACAUUGCUGAAGAAUCAGUCGCUCAUGUUCGCACAGUGAAGGAGCUCCUCAUAUGGACUGCACAGGUUGUCUCGUCACUGCCCGAUGACAUCAGACCCGGGCCAGACCUGUACGGGGUUCCCUGGGAACCGGUCAUAAUCUCCUGUGUGGUGGGGCUGGUGACGGUGCUGUUGUUCACCUGUAGAUGUUAUAGCUCUGUCAAAAGCAGAAUGUAUCGAAGGAAAGAGCGGUGGAUGGCUUCACAGGUUGCACAGUUACUAGAUGAGAAAUGUAAAGUCCUUGAAUCUCUGAGCAAAUGUCAGCAAGAGUAUGAUGAAGUGGAGGAGUCACUGAGGGACAGUGGCGUCUUGGCCCAAACUCAAAAGACAGAACAUCUGGAGAUGAAGGCCAGAGAGUUGGACCGUUCUAAAAUAGAGCUAGAGAGGGAUCUUGAACAACUGAAGGUUCAACUCGACCAGCAGAAACAACACAGGAUAGAGCAAGAAAGAAGGGUACUAGUUCUUGAAGGGAGCAUGAAAACACACGAAGAAGAAAUUAAAGACCUCCACUCACAGGAAGAGCAGGGACAAACUACUCUGAAAGUGUACAGCAUGAACAGUGACCGACUGCACAAGAGCCUGGACACAGCAGGAGAGGAGAAUAGACUGCUUCAGGAGAGCAAUGCUCAGCUGAGGCAGCAAGUGGAGGGAUGGGCAGAAAGAGUGAGUGAGGUGGAGGAGGAGAUGCGGAGAUGUGAGGUCACCUACAGUGGGAUGCAGCAGGAUGUGGCCAGAAAGGAUGAGCGUAUAAUGUCUUUGACAGAUUGCCUGCUGAGGAUGAAAGCUUUGGAUUCAGAUCUUGAGGAAGAGGGAAGUGAGGAAGGAGCAGCAACGCAGACGUCACCAGGAAAAGAAGCGGAGAAUGGAAGAGGGAAUGUAACAGACACACAGAGUCAUUUCCAGAAAGCCCAGACACUCAUUUAUGCUGCUAAGCUGAAUGCGGACCUCAAAUCCGUAGAUGAAGACAAGGACAGAGUUUUUGCCAAACUGAAUGAUGAAAUCAAAGCUAAAGAAGACCUGCAAGUGAGCAUUAAGGAGCUGGAGGAUGAGAAAUUGUCUCUGCAGUCAGAUUCUGGGAACUACUCUGAUCAGGUUCAGCGUUUACAACAGAAACUCAACAUUAUGACAGAAAUGUACCAGGAGAACGAGCUCAAGCUGCACAGACUGCUGACAGUGGAGGAGAAGGAGCGCCUGCAGAAAGAGGAGAAAUUAUGUAAAGCUGAUAAAAACAUUGCACUGGCAAUGGAAGAACUCAACAACUACAGACAACGAGCUGGAGAGAUGGAGGAAGAGCUGGACAAAACCAAACAGUCCUACCAGACCCAAAUAUCAGCACACGAGAAGAAGGCUCACAAUAACUGGCUCGCAGCACGAGCAGCAGAAAGAGAACUGUCAGACAUCAGGAGAGAGAACGCUCUCCUCAGACAGAAGCUCACGGACACGCAGUUCAAAUUAGACACCCUCGACAAAGAUCCAUACGCGUUGGACACUCUUGCAAGACCGAUGCCUUUCAGAGGUGAAAGGUCACCGUAUGGUCCUUCUCCUCUGGGUCGACCCGCUUCUGAAACCAGACCUUUUCUGUCUCCUCCCACGUUAAUGGAUGGACCUCCUGUGAGAUUGUCUCCUAGAGUGGGCCGUGGUCCCACAGAGCCCCCUGGUGGUCAGGGAGAGAUGGAGCGGAGUGGAGGUCCACAUUCGGACAGUGGCUCAAACUCUCCUUCGUGGGAGAGAGAUCGCAGGGGUCCCCCACCAGGACCACCUGGACCAGGACCUGGUCUCCUCGGACCUCCAGGCUACAUAUUUUCAGAACCUGGAGCUCCUGUGUACAGAAGACCUCCACCUGGUUCUCUCCCUCCUGGCCCCCCUCCUCCCCAUCUUAGGGCGUUCCCUGCUGCUGUUAUCCCACCAGGAGCUCCUCACCCCGCUGACAUGGCAGACGGCUCAUACAGAGAAAACAGCUUUGGACCUGGUGAACAGGAUCAGUCUGGUUCCGGUGAGAGAAGAACUCCUCCUGAUGCAGAUCUGAGGAUGGGGCCCUUGCCCCCACCUGGACCCCCACUGGGCCCCAUGGACGGUCCCUUCCCCGGCAGACCUCCGUAUGGACCCCCACCUCCUGAUUUCUACCCGUCCAGGGGCCCGGGGGUUCCUCCCAUGAUGCCCAGAUGGGCACCACCACCUCCCGGGAUGAUGUUGCCUCCUCGCUUCCCUCCUGGUGGCCUUCCUCCAGCUCCUCAUCCUCACUAUGCCGGCCCCAUGCGCAGCUUUGCACCACCCUCCAUGGCUCCUCUUCCUCCUCUUCCUCCUCAGCAGUCUCUCCCCUCCCCACCACAGAGCCAGACACCUGAAGAGCACAGACCCUCACCUGAAGACGCCAUUUGAUCCUGAGCAGGUUUUUACUUUUACACGGCUGUGAGAUGGUACAUUUCUGAUUUAAAAUAUUAGAUGUUCUGGUGGUAGAUGGAUGGUUGGCAGGUGGCAGGUGGCAGUUUCCCGCUCAUAUUUAACAUAUUUAUUAAAUAAUGUUGACAGACUGGAAACUGGAGUCUUUACAAGCCUGUUUUGUGGAGUCUGUCUCCUUCGCUCCCCUUUCCCCGUAAGGGAACGAGGCUUUCCCUCAGUCAUGUGUGUGUUUGUGAGAAUGUUGCCACGUGAACCAGAAAUAGUCUCAUUUUGAGCUUGACAAUGCCAGAAAGGUUUAUUUUUUAUUGUUGCUUAGGUUGAAAUGUAUGCAUGAUGAAACGAUGCAUGAGUGUUUUAUGUAUGGAAUCAGACAUUUCGUCCCAGUGGCACAGAGAGAGGAAUCUAAACGAUCCUUAAGCUAUCAGGGAGGAUUGACCUCUUUGAUGGCCUUUUGUUACUGUACCAGUACUAUUGCAAUGGUCACCAUAAUAGUAGAAAUGUAUCCCUUUAGCAAUGGUGUUGUUGACCUGGAUUCAGCGACACAUAAAUCAGAUCACACUGGGUCCUAUUUCAUUUUUUUUUUGACUAAACUGUGUUGAUCUGAAACUCUUCAGCUUCCCCCACAGGUCAAAUAUAAUUAAAGUGCGUGAGUGAAUUUUGCAGCAGAUGGAAGUGUGUACUUUUGACUUUUCGUGUUACAGUGACGUACAAAAGACUCUAAGUAAAAAUGUGACGCGCGUUAACAGAAAGAGAGAGAGAUAAUCAUCAUGUGAAUUUUGUAAAAAGUGAUUAUGAAUAAAGAUUGUAGAAUUGU